UAUUACGUGUAAGCCCAGAUCAUUGCUGAGGAUGUGAUAUUACAUAGGAUCAAGUCGAUUGCAGGCUGUAGUUGGAGCGGCGCUGUGGUUAGUGGAAGCCUUUCGCGUCAUUCUCGUGUUGGAGUCCUGUUUGCAUCCCGCCAGUGGGGCUGAACAGAGAGAGCGCGGACCAACAGCGGCUCCAGGAUCAAACGCUGCUUUCGCUCCCCGCGCAGGGAGACGGUCUCAAGCUUCAUUUGCCAUGCCUGAUAACUUUUUGACAUCACCAGUGUGGGAACCCAGGGAGGAUCUGUGCAAAUAAAUGUUCCAGGCAGUGAGAGCGAAACCCGUGCACUUAGUGGACUGAAAGUAAAUUCAGCGUCAGGGAUUGGCGGAAGAUGAAAUUUGGAAGCGGCACUUUGAUCCUGAAUGUUGGGGGGACCCGGUAUUCGUUCCCGAAGGAUGUGAUCAAGGACUUCCCCCUCAGAAGGGUGAGCAGACUUCACAGCUGCGCCUCGGAGAAAGAGGUGCUGGAAGUGUGCGACGACUAUGAUCACGAAAGGAACGAGUAUUUUUUUGACAGGCACUCCGAGGCUUUCGGGUUCAUCAUGCUCUACGUCAAGUAUGGGAAGCUCCGGUUUGUCCCUCACAUGUGUGAACUGUCCUUUUACAACGAGUUAAUUUACUGGGGGCUGGACCGCUCGCACCUCGAAUAUUGCUGCCAAAGGCGGUUAGAUGACAGGAUGUCCGACACCUACACCUUCUACUCGGAGGAAGAGGAAGAGCUAAAAAAACAGAAGAAGAAGGAGUUAAAAAACAGAUCUCAGUUUAAUAGGAAAUGGCUGGACAGGAUGAGGCGGACUUUUGAGGAACCCACCUCGUCUGUAGCGGCCCAGAUUCUGGCCACCGUGUCCGUUCUAUUUGUUAUUGUUUCCAUGGUGGUGCUGUGCGCUAGCACUCUGCCAGACUGGAAAACAGCCGAAAACAACAGUGUGGAGGAGCACAGGAUAAUCGAAGCGAUCUGCAUGGGUUGGUUCACGGCUGAGUGCAUCGUGAGGUUCCUCGUCUCGAAAAACAAGUGCGAUUUUAUGAGAAAGCCCUUAAACAUCAUCGACCUGAUGGCGAUCACCCCGUAUUACAUUUCCGUACUGAUGUCCUUCUUCACCGGGGAGAACUCUCAGUUACAGCGGGCUGGUGUGACGCUCAGGGUCCUGAGGAUGAUGCGGAUAUUCUGGGUCAUCAAACUCGCUCGGCACUUCAUCGGUUUGCAGACUCUGGGCUUGACCCUAAAACGCUGCUACCGGGAGAUGGUCAUGCUCCUUGUCUUUAUCUGCGUCGCUAUGGCCAUAUUUGGCGCCCUUGCCCAGUUGUUGGAAAGCGGGCUUGACCUGGAGGAUAAAAAUGAAGCAUAUACCAGUAUCCCCGCCUCAUGUUGGUGGGUGAUCAUCUCCAUGACUACUGUGGGUUACGGGGACAUGUACCCGUUCACCGUUCCGGGCAGGAUCCUGGGAGGAAUGUGUGUUGUCAGUGGCAUUGUCCUCCUUGCACUGCCCAUCACUUUCAUUUACCACAGCUUCGUGCACUGUUACCAUGAGCUCAAAUUCAGGUCGGCUCGCUGCGGUCGGAGCUUAUCCUUGGAAUACCUAAACUGAUGGAGAGGGAUGAAGUGAGAGAACCUCAGAUUGGCAUGGAUCAUUUGGGCAGAUGGCCUGUUUCUGUGCUGUGGACUCUUGUAAUCAACUGAGAGUCCAGAGGCUGCGCUAUAGCAAACCACCCAGGUUGAGGGGUAGAGGGAGAUUCGUGGUGGAAUGCUCUGGGAUCAAAAUUCAUUGCAAAACAAUAAAAUGGACUUCAACUCCCAGAAAAGUGAUAACAUCAGUUUCACUCACAAUAAGUCCAAGGCUCUGAAUAAAACUGAACCCCUCCCACAAGCUGAGGAAUUAUUAUUCAUAUUGAUCAUUUAACAACCUGUAAACACACAUCAGCCAACAAAACUUACUGUGUAAGGAGUGGGGAGAGAGAAUGCCAAGAAGACAGGAUCCAGCAGCAUUUUCAAUUUGCUAACAUUCCGGUGCAGAUAUUGUUUGAUCUAGUCAGUGGGCUAAUAGAAGUGACAAUUCAAGCUCGAACUAACCACUGGUGAAAUUAGAACCUUUGGAGUUCGGCUUUUUCAUCCAAUACUGUAUGCCUAAAACUAAUCUUCAAUAAAAAGAGCUCCUUAUUGUUUUACGUUUGAUCCCAAUCACGCUUGUUAGGCUAUAUAACAUGCCGGGAGGAGUUGGUUGCUGAGGGAAGGUGCAGGGUACUAGACUACUAUUGAUUUGCUGGCAUCUUCACAUUGAUGCAACAGCAACCUUGCUUUCAAAGUUAGUGCCAGAGAAAGGCAAACUGUCGAACAGUUGAAGAGUAAGGUGCAGCUAGGAUAAUCCUCCUUAAAAUAGAACUGGAAGAAUUAGUUACUUCGAUCAAAUUUUAGGAGCGGGUGAACUUGUAUUUUGGCCAUUUGAGAAAUUGUUUCUGUUGGCAUUUUAUUUAAAAAUUUUCAUUUAUGUUCCUCAACAAAAUUCUGGUUUAAUGUUGUAGAAAAUAUUUCUUAUUCUGAUCUACACAAGAGUGAGUUUAGCAUACAGUAAGUGUACACCAAGAGAUCGACAGAUAAAUAUUCAUUACUUUUAUAGAGCGAGACCAGCAAUAUGUGUUUUAUGGCAACAAAAACAAGUCAGUACAGGCCUAUCCAGUGGCAAUUGACCAAUGUCCAAGACAUCCCAAAGCCUUUUUAUUAUUCCCAUGAUUGGAGCGAUGGAAGAGUCCAAUCCUAACAGCAUUCAGGAAAUUGAAACUAUUCAGAACAGAAUGUCCUGUUUGAUUCUCACAUCAUUCGUGACCUGAAAUUUAAAUACCUCACCCUGCGUAGCACCCACCCCCAACAGCACCUCCUCUACCACCAGCAACCUAAAGUUGCAGCAUGUGUCACCUACAAAAUAACUGCAGUUAUUUAUCUGGUUUUCUAAUGACCUCCAAGGUCAUGAAGCACAAGGGUUUCAGGUGCAUGGGGACACCACCAACUGAAUGCUCCCCUCCAAGGCACACUGCAUCCGGUUUUGGAAAAAUAUUGCCAAUCCUUCAUUGUCAUAGAUUGGAAUCCUAAAAUGCCUUGCCCAAACCACUGUGGGGGCACCUUCACUAAUGCAGCAGUUCAAGAAGGUGUCUUAUUGUCAUGUCUUUUAGGGUAAUUAUGGAUGGGUCUGUCAUUGUUGCCUAGAUGCUUAAGAAGUAAUUCAAAAAUUGUGUACUCAGCAUCUUAUGUAAUAACUGGGGCAGAAAUUAAAUGUUUCCUGAUGGUUCUAGACUUCCCAGAUUAGGUGUAACAAAAGUUACCUUUAUGUAAGCUCGUACAUCCUGCUAUGUACACCCUCAGACAAUAUACUUAAAACUGUCUACACUUGAAAACAAUUUGUUAUUUGGUCUAAAUGUGAAAGUAAGAGAAGAAGUUGCAGAGGUCAUAGUCUUCCAAACACCAAUAGAUUAAAGGGUGAUACACAAUGAUUGGAAAAUUGUACAUUACACAACUUUGUUUAAAAAGAUAGGUGGAGUGAACCCAAUAAUUAUAGACCAUUUAGUUUAACAUUGGUGGAGGUUAAAGUUCUAAAACCAGUAAUCAUCGAUAGAAUUAGCAGUCACUUGGACAAGUGUGGAUUAAUUAGGGCCAGCCAGCAUCGAUUUGUUAAUGAUAAGUUAUAUUCAACUGACAACUGAGAUGGUGAGGGGAAUAUAUGUAGUUGAUAAAGAACCACAAAAAAGAUUGAAGACCACUGAAUAAAAAUGGCUCUAGUGGCAUGGAUAAAAAGUUAGCUAAGUAAUUGGAAACAAUGAACAGAUGUUUUUCAAACUGGAGGGAAGUGUAUAAUGGAGUUUACCAGCAGUUAGUAGAGCAACCACUAGUUUCUGCAAUAUAUACUGUAUCAAUGAAUUGAUCUGAGUGACAGUAAGUACAUUCCAAAUCUGCACAUGGCAUGCAACUUGGAAGAAUUGUGAACUAUGAGAAAAAGAGCAUUCUUCAAGGAUACAUACUCAACCUGGUAAAAUGGUGGACAGGUGGUGGACAAGGUGUGAAAUGUGAACUAUUAAAUUUUGAUAGCCAAACCUUUAGAAAAAAUAUAUUGCCCGAUUCUCCAAUCGGCACAAAGCAGAGAGGUCUGGGUCUUUUUGAACAAAGUUCGUUAAAAGUGGCAGGUCAGUUGAGAAAGCGGUUAAAAUGGAAAUAGCAUUCUGCUCUAAAAAUAGAGGUACAGAGUACAGAAAAAAAUAAUGAACCUUUAUAAAAUAUUGGUUUGGACACAACUGAAGAACUGUGACUGUUUGUGGGUGCUGAUUUUUUUUCAAUAUGCGUAAAGCUAUGAAGAAAUAGAAUUAUAGGCAACAGAAUCAAGUGAUGAGAGGUGAAGCUUUCUUUACUCAACAAGUGGUCGGGAUGUGGAUUCAGUGGCAUGAGAAGUACCAAGGACAGAUUCAAUUGUACCAUUAGAAUAAAUAUCAGAAAAGAAGAAAUUCACAAGUUUUAUAGAGUGGUUAUGAGCAGGUGGUGGAACCAGCUACAUUGCUCCUUCAUAGAGCUGGUUGUGGGUCAUUGAUUAGCUAUUAAAAAUAUGAAAAAAGACCUAUUCGUACAUAAAACAGUCUUAAGCAAAAUUACAGCAAACCAAAAUAUGUAUUAUAAAUAUGUGAAGAGCAAAAGAUAAGUAAGGAAAGAACAAUGUCUAUGAAAGGCCAAAAAAAGCAAAUGAUGCAGGCACUGUAGUGGAAAAGGCAGACCGUGAAAUACUGAACGUAAUAAAUAUAUUGAUUGAAAAAUACUGAGGGAUCUAGUUCUUUG